AGCUCAUCUGCUUUCUUAUUUAUUACGACUAUAAAAAUAAAUGAAAGGAAGAUUCAUGAUCCGCGCCAAGCAACAUACGAUAAAAGGUAGAGAGGAAAGCAACCUUACAGAAGAUUUUGGCUUCAAGUUUCGGAGAAGGAUAAAGAAUCAGAGCAUCUCUUAAACUUGUAAUGGCGGUCUUCUGCUCGACCCUGGUUUCCGGGCUUUCCUUUAACAGUUUCCCGAACUUCGCAGAAGACGGCGACGCACAAAAUGCCCGAGAGCAUUUAAUCCUUACUUCCUCAUUCUCAAUUCAAAUUCGGAAGCCCCUUCUGUUUAUCAAGAAUGGCUGUUCCGGGGGUUGACAAGAAACUGCUUUGCGAACUCGAGGAAAUGGGAUUCCCGGAGGCUCGGGCCACUAGGGCUCUUCAUUAUUCAGGUAAUUCAAGUGUCGAGGCUGCAAUAAAUUGGAUAAUCGAUCAUGAGAAUGAUGCUGACAUUGACGAGAUGCCCUUGUCUGCUCAGGUUCCUGUGGAUAUCCCUAUUGAAGCUUCUGAUCCAUUUUUCAUCUCCGAAGAAAUGAAGCUGAAAGCACCGGAAAUAAGCGAUCAGGUGCGUAAAAAUAGAGAAGUGGAAGAGAAGAAACUGGAAAGAAGCCGGGAGAAGGAAAGGAUUAGAGCAGGUAAAGGGCUGCAAGUGGCAAAGCGAAUGGCAGAAGAAAAUGAAAGAAAGCGUAAUGUAGCUCAGAGGAAAGCAGACGUGGAAGAAAAGAGAAGGGCAAGGGAAAGAGUCCGUCAGAAGCUGCAACAGGAUAAGGCAGAAAGAAGGGGGUGGCUUGGAUUGCCUGUGGAAGGCCCUUUAUCUGUAAACCCUGCCAUAUCCUUUUCACAUGAAAGCAAGAACUUAGAGCUGGGUAAGCCUGCUUUGUUGACUGUUUCUGCUAGGAAGGAGGAUCUGAUGAGGGAAUGUCUGAGAUCUCUCAAGCGUCAAGUCAUGGGGGAUGACUCUCAAGUGAAAAAGGCCUUCCAAACUCUAUUAAUUUAUGUGAGAAAUGUUGCUAAUAAUCCUGAUGAUGAAAAGUUUAGGAAGAUUCGACUCGGUAAUCCAGCUUUCCAGAGCAGGGUAGGAAAAUUUAAAGAAGGUGUCAAGUUUCUCGAACUCUGUGGGUUUGAGAUAAUUGGAGGAGAAUUUUUGUACCUACCCAAAGACAAAGUUGACAUGGCCACACUUGCAGAAGCUUGGGCAGUUCUGAACUCUGCUAUUACCAAUCCUUACUUUGGACUGUUUUCAAGGAGUGUUGAUGCUGGUGAUUAAGCCUCUUCCAAGUUUGCAUGGGAAGUGAGGGAUCAUAUUGCUUCGUUUCACUCCACAGUGAAGGCCAUGGACUCAUGGUUAGAUUAAUUCAGGUAACGAAGUUGUAAACAAAGUAUGACCAACUGUUGUAAACAAAAGCCUUUGAACUCAAUCUGAAUUCUGUAGUAGAAAGUAGAGGCUCAUAAACGAAGAUUAAGAAAGGACUGGAGAAAAACUUGUUGGUGUUUAGAAGGUUUACUCUUUGCUUCGGUGCGUUGUCUGAAUCCCGCGACUUGAGAAAUCAAACUGAGUCGAUGACAGCAUUUGCAGCCAUAAACAUCACAUAGGAAUGGAAUGCAGGGGAAAGGUGCAACUACAUUUCGUCAAGUUAAUAUUUCUGUUGCAGUUGAGAAUACAAGUAGUAUUCUUUUCAUGCAAUUAU